UAUAUAUCAGAUCGUAAUCUUCAUAAACGGAAUACUUUUUUCCUUCUUCAAUCUGAAGCUGCAGCAGCCAUGGAUUUCUCACCAUCCGCGCUCUUAUCUCAGAUCAGAUCGGAAGAUGAAGAUGAUUACUGUAUAUUCUCCGGAAUGGACGAUCCUUUGCGAGAAGCUGAUAAUCAUCCUUAUCAAUAUCAUCACAACGCAUUUAAAGACGAUGAGUUCGCUGCAUCCACAGAUCAAAUCAUGAAUGCGAUAAUGGAAGAUGACGAAAAUAACCUGGAGAUUGCACCACAGGUAUUCGAAGGUAAAAUAUCCGUCGCGUCGUCGUCGGCGUCAGCAACUGCCGCCGCUUCAUCGACGACGACGGUUUAUUCUUCUGAUUUCUUCAACUGUAACUAUGAGUUAAUGCCGUCUCCUACAAGUUUCAAUUUCAUAUCUAUGUUUCUCGAAGAGGAAACACCGGACGAUAACACCGCUGUCGGCGGCAAUUUGGAUGUGAGUAAUAAGAGGAGUCGAUCAAUGUCGAAAAGCAAAUCGCAGAUUAAGGAUCAUAUCAUGAACGAGAGGAAGAGGAGGGAGAAGCUAGGUCAGCUGUUCAUCGCACUUGCCGCCAUGGUUCCUGGCCUUAAGAAGACAGACAAGGGAUCAAUAAUAGUAGCAGCAAUUGAAAAUUUGAAACAACUAAAAAUGAGGGAGACUUCUUUAAGAAAUGAGGUAAACAAAAUCAAGAAGAAAUCUUAUACGGAACAUGUGACUGCAAAAUCAAAGGAAGGUAAGAUUCAAACAACAAAUGAUCUAAAGAUCUCGUCAUCAUGUUCAUCGACAAUAUCACCAGCCACAACCAAUUCAACUGUUGUUCUAGAGGUUGAUGUUAAAUACGAGGAGCGUAAGAUUCUGAUUCGAUUAAACAUAAGUCGAAAGAAAUUGGCUAUUGCUAACUUAUUGAACGAGAUUGAGUCGAUCGAUUUGAAGGUCACUAACUGUUAUUGGUUUCCCUUUGAAGAUUCUUAUCUUGUCAUCACUAUCAUCGUCGAGAUGGAUGCACAAUUCUCCUUAACUACAAAGGAACUUGUAACAAAGUUGCAUGAUCUAAUAAGUCAUAAAUGAUGGUAUCUAUUGAACCGGUUUUAUAAGACAAGAUUGAAAUUGAGUUUUUCUUUCUUGCAUUUUGAUUUGAGUGAAAAUAAACCUUUGUUUUUAUGUUAUGUUGUUUA